UCGGUGAUUGAUAAUAGCCUUCCCACCCACCUCUGCUUAACACAAUCUCUCUCUCUCUCUCUCUCACACACACACACACAACCCGUUUUCUCUUCCGUUUCUUUUCCCAACAAAUUUUCUCGGAAAACAAACAUGCUCGAUCCUAACAGCACCAAACCCCAUGAGCACCCUUUUCUUCUGAACCAUGGAUUAGGCUCAAGAAGUGACAAUUAUGACGGUUGGGAAUCCAUAAACAAUGGUGUCAGAGGCCGUCGAACAUCUCAGAACCAUUCUAAUUAUGGAAGCAGAAACGGCAUAGAUUGGGGUUACAGAGAAGAAAAGAACGACGAACAUGAGUCCGGUGUUUGCUCGCCUCCUUUGUGGAGGACAAGCAGUCCACCAAGAAGCCCACAGCAUCGGAAAAACCAUUACCGAAGCCUAUCCCCUGCAUCUCGCGCCCAAGCCAUUGCCAGAGGACAAAACGAGCUCAUGGAGAUGGUAAGGAACAUGCCCGAGACAUGUUACGAGCUGUCGUUGAGAGAUCUUGUAGAACAUCCAAUGGCUCUGGCUCGACAACAGAGUAUGUCCGAGGAGAGAAAUCUCGGCGGAGAAAAUUUGUUUAGAGCAGAAGAUAACAACAGCAACAACAACAACAACAACAACAAGAGAAGGAUUAGUAUUGAUAGAAACACAACAGAGAGAAAGCUUAGAUCAAGCUUUGAUAAUGGAGGUUUUCUAUUAAAGAUGGUGUUUCCAGUUACUAUUCGAUCUAAGACGAAGAAAACUAUGAAGAAGAACGAUUCCAUGGCCAAUAAUAGUACAACAAGCUCGAAGGUUUCACCGAAGCCUUUGUUAUCGGAUGGAUCGGCAGGGAAGGGUGUGGAUAAAGAGUGGUGGAAGAAGAGGUUUUCUGUGUCCGGAGAGAGUGAGAGUGGGGAUUCCAGUAUUAACAGUGGUAGUAUGAAAAGCAGCAGUGGCAGCAGAAGUAGUAGCAGCAGCAGUAGAAGCAGCAGCAGGAGGCAUGGGAAUGGAGGUUGCUGGUCCUUCAUCCUUAUCAAGAAAAACAAAAAGCCAAAUCAAUGAGCUGCUCUGCUUUCAAUGAAUCAAGCUAUGUGUUAUGUAUACUUAUCCUUCCAAUAUUGCCUAGAUAUGUAUGAGUAGAAAUAUUGCAACAAAAAUUUGCAGCAUCAUGUGUAUAUUGGUCGAAGUUUUCCAAAGAAUUUGUGUUAUUUUCCUUUUUGGAAAGAAUUCUUAUAUCAAAUACAAUUGAGUUUUUACAUGCUGAA